GCCUGCGCAGGCACUGUGUCGCUCCCUGCCGUCCGGCGCAGGCGCAGUGCUGCUGGCUCUCUCCUUCACAUUGCCCUUUCGGAGCGGCGGCCUCGCUCGGAUCCGAUCGGCAGGAGGUAUCCAGGCUGCAGAGGCAGAAUGUCUGUGCCACCGUCAUAUGCAGACUUGGGGAAAUCUAGCAGGGACCUCUUCAACAAAGGAUAUGGGUUUGGUUUGGUAAAGCUGGAACUCAAGACCAAAUCAUCGAGUGGAGUGAUGGAGUUUACCACCUCCGGGUCUUCAAAUACUGAUACAGGCAAAGCAACAGGCUGCCUGGAAUCCAAGUAUAAGCUGAAAGAGUAUGGACUCACCUUCUCCAAGAAAUGGAAUACCGACAAUGUUCUGGCCAGUGAGAUCACCAUCGAAGAUCAGCUUGCUAAAGGACUGAAGCUGACUUUCGACACAACAUUUGUACCAAAUACAGGCAAGAGGAGUGGAAAGCUGAAGACUGCCUACAAGCGAGAUUAUGUUAACUUGGGCUGCGAUAUUGAUUUUGACUUUGCUGGCCCCACCAUCCACUGCAUGGCUGUAUUAGGCUACGAGGGUUGGCUCAUCGGGCACCAGAUAGCCUUUGACACCGCCAAAUCCAAGCUGGCGCAGAACAACUUCUCUCUGGGCUACAAGGCCGGGGAUUUCCAGCUGCACACCCAUGUUAAUGACGGUGCUGAGUUCGGAGGCUCGAUUUAUCAGAAGGUGAACGACAAGGUAGAAACGGCCGUGAACCUGGCUUGGACUGCCGGUAGUAACAACACUCGCUUUGGGAUCGCUGCCAAGUACCAGAUCGACAGUGACACCUACGUAUCAGCCAAGGUGAAUAACUCCAGCCUGAUCGGACUGGGAUACACUCAUACCCUCAGACCAGGUGUGAAGUUGACACUGUCUGGACUGAUUGACGGGAAGAAUUUCCACGCAGGGGGGCACAAGGUUGGCAUGGGCUUCGAGCUCGAAGCUUAGUAGUGCGGAAGGAAUGGUAACGACUUUUGGGUUAGCUGCUAAAAUACAAAAUGGUGAAAAUAAAAUGCCCCCCUUCCUCCAGGACAAGGCACUGAAGAAUCUUGAGAAUAUUUGGCCUUAAAUUUCUGGAUCCUAAUUGUGUCAGCCUCUCCUGCUGGGAGAUUGCAAGCUUGGACCUCAGUCCUCGGCACUGGAUUGGUUUCCCAGUCAACACUACAUGGAAGUUGUCUCAUUGCCAGAUGUUAAUGUUCUAAAUUAUUUCCUGAAAAACCAAGCUUCAAAUCAUGUAUAACAAUCACACGUUUAAAUUUCUUUUCUGUGUGACUGCAUGUGGUAGAGACUUUCGUUGCCAUUUUUAAAUCAGUUCACUGUAUCAAGCAUCUCAAGAAAAUAAAAGGAAAUGGUUGA